AACCUACAUUUCAGUCGUUCACUCUGUCUCGAGCGCUCAUAAUGGAACGGAUUACAAGUUGUAUCGUGUUCCUGUACUCCUUUUUAACUGUAGAGUGUUUGUUGUUUCAUGGUCAAACAAACGCCACGCCAGCAUCCAAUGGGCAACUACAUAUCAAUGUGGACAGUCAAAUACGUCAUUUACAAACCGUUUUGGAUUCAGUACUUACGGACGUAGUAUCUUUGAAACAGGAAAACCAUCAACAGCAAACGAGGAUAUCCUUCUUGGAAAAUGAACUUAAAAACGUUCAGAGAGAAAACAGCAUAAUGAAAAGCAAAAUAGACAAUUCGAAUUCUACCACCACUUUCUUAUUACAACAAAAUGCCAUUCUGAAAGAGGAACUAAAUUCUUUGAAUACUACAUGCAUGCUGAUUCAACAAAAUAUGACCACUCCUGAGGAUAUAAGAAGACUGACAGAUGUCUUAACUUUUGAAAUGGAGCAGACGAUUAGAGAUGGUCAACGAAAAUUGAUGAUGAACAUGUCUGCUACCCUUAAGGAUCUACAAGUCCGGGACCGAUAUUUGUCACUCUCUGUGUUAGAUGUACACAACGAAACUGCAACAUUAAAAUCCUCCCUAGAAGAACAGCAAAAAUCAACCAAACUUCAAAUUCAAAACUCAUCACUUUCCCUGUAUAGUGAAAUAGCCAAAGUGAAUGAUUCACUUUCCAAUCUUCGGAGUGCAUGUACUGGAUCUAAUGUAGGUUUCACAGCUGGAGCUACUAGAUUACAUACAUACACUGUUGGACAGACUGUUAUUUUUGAUAGCGUCGUAUACCAGGUGGGCGGGGGAUAUAACCCCACAACAGGCGUGUUCACUGCGCCAAAGCCUGGACUCUAUCUUAUAUUUUGUACUGUUGUGGCAUACGAUGAACAUACUUUCUGGACCAAAAUAAUGGUUAAUGGUUCAGGAAAGGCAGGAGUAAUGGCGUAUAAUACUGCAUCUGUAGAUAUCUACCAGUCAGCGUCCAACCUUGUUGUGUACCAACUACAGGCGGGGGACAGGGUCUGGAUACAAUUGUUCCGCGGGGACACACUGUACAGUAGUCUCCCAGAUACAACCUUCUCAGUUACCUUGAUCAAUGAUACAGAAUGAGACUGCUACAGUGUAUUGCUAGAUUACACUUUAAGUGAAUACCAUAUACAUGAUUUAAUAAAUGAAUUAUAAAUACCAGA